ACGAACGCAUCGCAAUUGAGCGCAAGAAAUAUUUGAUGAUAAUAGAACAGAGGAAUUGGGUCUAUUACAGCGAAGGUUAGAGCAAACUGAUAUUUUACGUGAUGUUGAAAUACAAGAUCUGCAAACUACAAUAAUGGAACUAUCGGAUGAACUGGAUCUUAAGAAUAAUAUUACUAGAAAAAACGAACAAGCUCUGAAAAAUCUACAGAUUAUGAAAGAAGAGCACGAGUCUUACAUCAGACUUUUAAUAGAAAAGCACGAACUAGACCAACAAAAGAACCAUGCAGAGAUAUCUCAACUAGUCAAAAAAAUAGAAGAUACCAGUAAUGAUGCAAAUUUUAAUAUGACUCAUUUCGAUAGUUUGCGCCAAGAAAAUAAGAUGAUGCAUAUGCAAUAUGAUCAUCUGCAAAAGCAAUACAACGAGUCUGAAUUAAAGCUAGCUCAAGCUACUCAUCGAUUAGAAGUAGAAAAGAUGAAACUCAUGAGGCUUAAAGAGUCGCCGCCGGUGGAUGAACUGGAAAAGUAUAAAUUGGAAAGUUUGACGGAUGAAAAUGCGAAAUUAAAGGAAGUUGUAGCAUCAGCCAAUCAAAAGCUGGCGAAGUAUAAGAAAACGAUUGAGGAUUACCAAAAUAAACUGAAUGAAAAAAUGGAGGAAAUGGAGAAAAUAUAUGCUGAAAAGCUGGAAAGCAAUACCAAGUUGGCCAAAGAAGAUUACAAAAACAAGCUUGAUGUUAGAUUGACAGAUAUGGAAACCAGUCUCAAUUUAAAAUUAACUGAAAUGCAAGAAAUAUAUGAUAGAAGGCUGAAAACCGAAUGUGAUAAUAAAGUAAAUGCCAAAUUGAAAGAAUUAGAGGCAAAAAUGGCUGAGAUGGAUAAAGAUUACCAAGGUGCCGAUGAAAUUAUACCCACUAGAGCGAAAAAACCAAAGUUUAUACCAAAGAUAAAUUCCCGUCGCAGACCUACGCCCUCUGCUUUUAAAGAUACUUUGGAUCUUGAUAUGGAUGAAAUGAGGUCACCGUCGCCAGAGAAAACUUUACCAAAGGAAACUUUGCCAAAGGAAACUUUGCCAGGAGAGACUUUACCAGAAAUUUUGCCAAUGGACACUUCACCUGAGGAAACCUUGCCAGAGGAAAUUUCACCAGAAAAGGAUUUGCCAAUGGAAACUUCACCAGUGGAAACCUUGUCAGAGGAAACAUCACCAGAGAAAACCUUACCCGAGAACACCUUGCCAGGGGAAACUCUACCGGAGGAAUCUUCACCAAAGGAAUCUUUACCAGAGGAAUCUUUACCAGAAGAAUCUUUACCAGAGGAAUCUUUACCAGAGGAAACUUUACCAGAGGAAACUUUACCAGAGGAAUCUUUACCAGAGAAAAUUUUACCAAAAGAAUCUUUACUGGAGGAAACUUUACUAGAGGAAACUCUAGCAGAAGAAAAUUUACCAAAGGAAACUCUUCCAGAAGAAACUCUACCAGAGGAAACGCUACCAGAGGAAACGCUACCAGAGAAAAAAUUACUGAGCACAGAUUCACAAAUUGCUAGGGUCACAAGAAGUUCUAAUCCAACUAAAGCAAAAUUAAAGAAACCUUCCAGGAAAAUAAAGCCCGAAGUAUUUAUUGAGGUAGAUGUCGAAGAAAACGAUAAAGACAUAAAUAGGUCCCCUGUACUUGGUGCAACUAUAAUAAGAAAAUCACCAGAUCGAACUAUCAAUAACAGUCAAUCCGGCACGGCAAAGAAACGUCGAAAGUUAAGGAACUCGAAUUAUCUUUACUUUAAUGAACAACUAGAUAGUACAGAUAAUAUGAGUCCUUUGUCGAAGUUCUUAAAAUCUACGGAAGACCGAUAAUUGUAUAAUAAAACAAGAUUAACAAAGAGUGCUCUGGUACGAAGAGACUGUAUAUAUAUUCACAAGAAUUUUUAAUAGAUUUGGGAUUAAACGCAAGCAUAGCAGGCAUGUAGUAGUCUAUAGAAUAAUAAAGCUAUGGUCUAGCAGGACUUUGUUGAAGAAUUACAUAUAUGUUUCAUUUAAAGGAAAACUUUGCUAGAUACAAAACAGUCUUUUGUUUGCG